CAAGAAACAUGGCGACGAGCGAGAGCGGAAGAAUGAAGGAUGGAAAAGAUAUUCCACCGGGCACAAUCGUCGCCUGUACUACCAUCUUUAACGAGAAAUUUGAAGGAGAAGUCAUGGCCUUUGAUUAUGGAACCAAGUUCGUUGUCAUAAAAACACCUACUGCCAAGGGAUCUAAAAAGGGAAAUUCUGACGUUAGAAUGUUCAAUAUUUCAAAUCUAAGUAACUUUGAGAUAGUUAAAGAAUCAAUCAAACCAGCACAAUCACUUCCUGCCAUUGACCUUGAGAAAAUAGAAAAACGAACGAAAUGCAAGAUUCAGGAUAAAAGGCUUGCUGUUAGUAGAGUUGGAAUCGAUGUUACUCCUGAAGGACAAAAAUUGUUUGAUGUGAUAGCUAAACAAUUCAAUGAAUUAUACUGGGAAGAAAAGAAUAUUGUUAUCAUGGAUAAAGUUAUUAUUUCACCACCAUACAGUACAGAGAACAUUCAUCCAAAAGACGGAAAAGAUGAACAGGCUUUAACUUACAUCAAAGGAAUUGUCAACAAGUAUUAUGAAAAUGAUAAAGAAAGUAGUAAUUGAAGACUUCAAAUGAAAUCUGGAGGGCCAAGCGGUUUGACUUGAUCAAGAAUGUCGAGUCAAAGUAAUUUAUUUUUGAGGAAAAKAUUUAUUUAAGCAAAAAGUGCAGAAACACCUUUGAAUUGAAAAUAAUUCAACCAUCCAUUUUCCAGCAACAUGGAUGUUGAAUCUCACUGCACUCAUUGGAAUGGAAAAGGAAUCAAUGUUCUUCCUUAAGGCUCGUUGAUGCUUGCAGUUGCCAAAUCCCUUGCUGGCUGGAAGGAUUCAUACCAAAUGCAUGAUCUUGUCAUGACAAGACUGUUUGACUGACUGAAAAUCAAAUCUACUUACUGAAGAGACUAAACUAGAAGUUCAAUCCAUGACACAUCAAGACUUUUGUAUACACAUGCAUUCAUCAGGCAUAUUAAUGUUAUCAUUGGUCAUAAAAACUUUCACAUAGCCAGUGAAAAGCCUCACUGUAAUAGAUCUUAUUUAUUUUGGUCCAAUGUUUUCACAUUUCAAAUAAGGUGUCAUUCUCUUGAGAAUAAGAUUCUUUGCUUGGGUUGUAUCUAUAUUCAUAUUUCCUCUUAUGCACAAUAAUUGUUAAACAAAAAAAUUAUGAUACUCUAGGGAAUGACAUAUGGUCUGAAAUGGAAAAACAAUGCACCAACUGAGAUGAAUAAGGUCUGUUGUAGGGAAGGGAGCUCUCCUUUUAAAAUAAGAAAUUGGUCAUGAUUCCAUUUAACCUGUGUAAUAACAGUGACUUUCUAAUCCCUUAUGUCUAAAAAAAGUAUGUAAACAAACGAAAAAGCAGUGGAACUAGUGCUUAUUAUAUUCUAAACAAGUCUGUUAUCUCUUAACAGGUUAAAUGGGACCAUUUCAUAUUUAAUGACCAAACUUCACAAUUCUUUUUUUUUAAUGUUUCAUAAAUUAUUGUGGAAAUGCUUUUUUCACUCAGGGUUGAACAAGUUAUUUUUAGCACAGAUUUUGUAUGAUAAAUAAAAAAGGAAUUGUUGUUUUA